GUGGGCUGGGGCAACUGAAGCUUCCACAAAGGCGAGAGGACGGCUGGCCGAUGAAGGGAGAUUGCAGGAGGGACCCUCGUGGGGCCUCAAAGCCCGGCCCAUUGCCAAGAAAAUCCCUCAGGGGAGGAGGAGACGGAGGCAGAAAAGAAAACAAAUAGCCCGAGUUCUCUGCCAAGGGAGUGUCGCAGCUUUUAAUUCAAGAUGAAAUGUGUUCCUGUUUGUGUACAACUCAUUUUCCUCCCAAAUGAAGGGUUUUGUCUAUCACUCGACUGUUUCAAUAGCAACUGAGUCUCCCUCACUGUAAUUAAGCUAGCAUGUGCCUCUCUAGUUGGGGAAGCAGGCUGUCUGUGUUAACGUGUUGGGGAAGCGGGCAGGCUUGAGUUGCUGCCUGGGUCCAAGAAGGAAAAAGCAACAAAGAAUGGAAGAGAACACCUCCAAAUAGAGACUUGGCUCCCGCUGGGAUGAUGUCUUUUGGAAACUAUCACGAGCUCCCGAAGCCUGGGUCUUUAUCUGUUCUCUGCUGCAUCUCCAGGGACCUCAGCUGUGCCUGGCACAUAGUUGGUCCUCCUGACAUAUGUGCAGAAGGAAUGAGUGAAGGCUCAGAGAGCUGCCUCUUAGGCUGUAGCGCAGGAGAUUGAGAACCCUUAAACAUCCCCGGUUCUAGACCGGAUGAUCUGACUCUGUCAUUUCGCAGACCUUCCUCCCGUUGCUUUCGCGGCUGGUUCUGAGGCUGCUGCCAUCUGUGGCCAAGUCUGCUUUGUCAACAGCAGCGGCGCUGCAGAGGGGCUCGGACCCGCUGAUAGAAGCUCCUGUUCCAGCGGGUGUCUGGCUGAUGCCCUGUGAUGAUGUCACAGCCACAGAUCCUGAUGGCAGCCGUGACGGUAACGGUCCCAGCUACCCCAGCCGUCUCGCUUGAUGGGGUGACCAAGGGCCCACAGAUUGCUCCUGAGUGUGCCUCUCUAGUGACAGAUGAUUCUGAAACCAGCCCGUCUGGUUUGAUCCGGAGAAGAAAACAACAAAUAUAUGUAUUUUUCUUUUUUCCUUUUGGCGGAGAAGUUGCAGUCAUCUAGAAAUCAUUUCAAGGUCAUCCAAAUGCCUGAGGCCCGGCAGACACGGACUCCUGAGCAUCGUCUCCAUCCUUGAAGGACAAGGUUCCAUCUCUGCAUCUCCAGCACCAGCACAGGGCCUGGCACGAGGCAGAGCUCAAAGCAGGGAGUGUCUGUUGACUGCCCAGGCGAGGUCAGACAGGAGCCGGCCCACUGGCCUGUAGGACGUCCCACAGAAUGGCUAAUAAAGACCUCAUGUCAUUACAUGUGGUCUUUGUGGGGGAGGAAAGGCACCGUGGUGUCAUGAGAGGAGCUUCGGGGGAACUGACCUGGUCCCUGGGCCAGGAUGCGGGGAUAAUGACAGACACAGAAGAAUCCCUCAAGGAGGUGACAUUUCAUCUGAGACAUGACAGUACUCCCACCAUGUGUGUCAUCUGCACCUCUGUGUGGAGUAGGAAGGUCUCAAGCUCAAGGUCCCUGGCGGGUAAACAACAAUCAAAACAAUUUCAAGUUCACGGACAUCCUCUGCAAUCAACAUCAACCGCUCCAUCAGGAAAACAGGACCUUGUAUUGUUGGUUAUUACAGAAUAUUGAGCAGAGUUCCGUGUGCUAUACGCAGCUCCCUCUGACGAGGAACUCCAGCACUUGGAGAAGAAUUGCGUCAGUGACCCAGAGUGUAGACAGGAGCUUCUCUGACCAGAAUCCAAACCCGCUCCCUGAUGGGAGGCCAAGGAUUUCAGCUCUGGUGCUUGGUCGCCCAGAGUGGGGACGCCCGUUAGCAUGUGACCAGUGGGCACCCCGGAGACACCCCUCUCGCCCAUUCCAGCCUCUCGAGGUCGGGGCUCCUGUGGACACAGGCUCCACUACUGUGCACUGUGACAGGUGCUCCCGAGCACCGUGUCCUCCUGGCGCCCCGUCUUCUGACACCUCAUCAGUCCCUCUGGGUGCCAGGCCUUGCCGACUGCUUCGUCCUGGAGGCCGGUCCCGGAGCCUAUUUCACGGCUCAUUCAAAAGGAAAGCGAGGAGGCCUUUUCCAUUUCAUCUGUUAAAUGAUUUAAUUCACGAGGGACUUGGUCACCACGGAUCCCAGCACGGCCCGGUUCCCGGGUCUCAUGGAACCGCACCAACUGCACCAAGCUCUGCGCUGGGCCCCAGCAGAAGCCGCGCGGCUGGGCCCUGGGGGACGUUGGGCCCCAGCAGAAGCCGCGCGGCCGGGCCCUGGGGGACACCUGGUCGGGGGACUGAGGCUGGGAGGGGAGGGCAGCAGAGUGUGUCUGAUCGUUCGAUGCAGCUGACGUGUGAAGUGACACCCACAGUGAUGGGAUCCAAUCCCCCCUGAAGGUGGGGUCCCAUGGAAACACAUCUGAUAAAUGUCUACUUAAAUAUUACGAGGCAGCAUUAUUCCCGGAGCAGUUUUAGCCCCAGAGGACUUCAAGCUCCUGACCUCGUUCACGCCCAUGUUCACAGGCGUCACCGCCCCUCCCCUUCCCACAACCUCCUGCUCCUUGUGGGGGUCGUGAGGACAGCCUGGCCAGCCCUCAGGUCACAACAGGUGGCACAGGGCGUGAGCGGGAGAGCGGGGGCUGGUCUGCUGGAGGGAGAGUCGAGGCAGGGGAACAGAAGCCACGACCUGAAUCAACACGCCGAGGCCUGAGUGGUGGCCCCGCCCAGCCUGUCCCACGGUCCCCAAGGUCCCCAUGGUGGUCUCCCAAUGGGGGUCCCUCCUGAAGCUCUUGAUGCUUCUGAGGGGGUUGAGGUCCUGGGGUUCCUUGGAGGUGCUCCGUCAUCCGAGAUGUGCCAGGAAGGCCCCUUGGGGGCUGAAGACUCGGGAACCUGUCCUGGUAAAAGGUGGUGGUUGAGUCACUCGGGAUCUGAGGUUGCAGGUUGGAUUCUGAAGCCAGGACAAAAGGAACUGACUAGAAGGAAACGGGAGCAGAGCACCGGGACUCGGAGGAGC